CUGCUCACUCGGAAAGCGAAGCGAGUAAAAAUAAAGAUACGGUUCGCAGGAUUUUGUACGAAAUUAUAUUAUACUCGAAAUUCGGAAGAACUGAUCAUCUUAAUAGAGUUCAUCGAGACUGAACAGAGUUCUGAUAAUUGUGGUGGAUAAUUCACACGCGAGUGUCUGUGACAUGAAUUAAUCGCUCGAUUUUUCCGUAGCAGUGGAAUUUAUCGACAAGUGGACAACUAUGUCGCUUUUCAAUAAGCCGAAGAGGAAUAUCCGGAGAAGAUCAUUCAAUGAUGAGUCCGAAGAUAACGAGAACAGGAUGGAGGUUGAUCAGGAACAGACUGUUAAGGUUAAGCCGAAGAAAAAGGAUAAACCUAAACAGACACUCCUGAGCUUUGGCGAGGAGCUGGAUGAAGCUGAUGAUGGUGAGGUUUUUAAAGUGAAGAAAUCAUCUCGGAGCAAAAAACUGAUGAAACAACUCGAUCACGAGAGGAGAAAAAAGAAAGGUGAAGAGAAAAUGCAAGUGGACUCUGAGCAAGCAAACAUGUCCAUUAAGCGCGACAAAGAUUUAGAAAUAAAGACAGAUGAUCUAGUAGUUAAAAUUAAAAAUACGGGACCACUUAUAUUAAAUGGAAGAGCUGCACUAGUGGCUGGGAAGAAUGAUUAUAGCUCUGAGGAUGAGGAAGCGACCAGAGGUCACAGUUUUAGAAAAAAUACUGCUCCACCCGAUACCAUGAAGCUACUUUUACAAAGUGGCUGUAUCCCUGAUGCAGCGAUGAUCCACGCUGCGAGAAAAAAACGCCAAAAGGCAAGAGAAUUAGGAACUGAUUAUAUACCCAUUGAGGAAACAACGAGGGAAGAUAAAAGUAAAUCGAGAUUGAUUCGUGAGGAAGAUCAUGAUCGCAGUGAUGAUGAUGAUGAUGAGGACAGGAUUGACAUGACUGUUAAUACUGAAGCUAGAGAUAAGGAGAAGAGGCGAGAAGCUUUCCUGGCUUCACAAGUCUCUAUAAAACUUUCAGACGAUGCAAGUGAGCAUGGGCUCGAAGAAGAGGAGUGGGAGGUGCAACAAAUCAGAAAAGGAGUAACCGGAGCCCAGAUCGCAGCUGUACAACAGGAUUCAAUGAUGCAACAUCAGUACUCUAUGGGAUUGAAUGCAAAUCAAAUGGUUGGAAGCAGUAGAGUUCCAAUGGAAAUGGUACUAAUGCCAGCCCCACCACCUCCUCCCUCCAUUCAGCCCCCAGAUCCAACCAAAAUUGUUCCUAUAACACCUCAGGAAGUCGUGGAAAAAAUGAGAGCAAGGGUGACGAGUUUACAGCAAGUCCAUAGACGUCAUCAACUGGACCAGGUACAGCUGCAGGACGAACUAGACCAGACCCUGAAGGAACUGGACGAAGGUUCAGGGCGUGCUCCUGAGUUGGCACAGCGCUUCAGAUAUUACCAAGAGUUGCGUGGGUAUGUCACUGACUUGGUAGAGUGUCUUGACGAGAAGCUGCCUUUGCUGAUGGGACUGGAGCGGAGAUGGCUGGAUUUGUACGGUGACAGAUCUAAUGAAUUGAUCGAGCGGAGGAGGCAGGACACGAGAGAUCAAGCUGAGGAAAUCACUUCUGCUGCAAGAGGGCAACCAGUUCGCAGAGGUCCGGAAGAUGAUGCUAGAAUUCGUCGAGCGACAGAACGCGAAGGAAGACGCGCUAGACGUCGAAGAGCUCGUGAGUUAAACCGAAAUAUGCCUAAACAUAUAGACGGAAUGUCGAGUGACGACGAAGUAACGGAGCAGCAGAAUCUCGUUUUCAAACAAACGAAAGAGGAGAUCGACGAGGAGAGCCAGGAGAUAUUUUCCGACGUCAUGGACGACUUCUGUUCAGUGCGAGGUAUUCUGUCUAAAUUAGAAUCUUGGAAGGAAACUGAUCUGGAAGCCUACACCGAAGCCUAUGUCUCCCUCUGCAUUCCAAAGAUGAUCUCACCGAUCAUUCGCCAACACCUCAUAACGUGGAAUCCCGUGAUGGAAAGUGCUGAUCUUGAGAGGACUAAGUGGUAUAAUUCCCUGCUCCUUUAUGCUCUGGAUAAAGGAGAAACCGAAGAGACUUUGAGAUGCGAUUCAGACGUGAGGCUGAUUCCUCGGGCGAUGGAAAAGAUUGUUCUACCUAAACUCACAUCCAUUGUCGAAACAAUAUGGGACCCAAUGUCCACUUCUCAGACACUGAAACUCGUUGGCACUGUCAGCCGUCUUAUUCGUGAUUAUCCAAAUUUGAAUAACACGUGUAAAAAUCUUGAGAUAUUAUUCACUGCUAUUCUGGAGAAAAUCGAAUCGGCUGUGGAAAAUGAUGUGUUCAUUCCGAUAUUUCCGAAACAAGUUUUGGAUCCUAAGCAUAUAUUUUUUCAACGUCAAUUCACGAUGGCUGUUAAAUUACUGCGAAACAUAUUGAGCUGGCAGGGGUUGCUAGGGGAUACUCAGUUAAAAAAUCUUGCUCUGGGUUCUCUAUUGAAUAGAUAUCUACUGGCUGGGUUGAGGGUCUCACCGCCUGUGGAUGCUUUGGGCAAAGCUAAUAUGAUAAUGAGUACUCUACCAAGAGCAUGGCUCCAAGGUGCCACAAUAGAGCAUCUCAAGAUGUUCGCUGCGCUUAUACAACAGUUGAGGGAUCAAUUAGAUCAAGCUAAUCCUGCCCACAACGAAGCCUGGGAUUAUUCAAAGUCCAUCCUAGCGAUAAUUAAGCCACAGUAAUGCGACACCCAGACGUCAUCCCCCAAAACUUAAUCAAUUUAAAUUUUCUAUAAAAAUUGCUUUGUAAAGUUGAAAUAGUUGUUUGCUUUGUAAAAAUAAAUGAAUUGAUGAUCACAUUUUGUAUAGUAAAAAAAAAUGCACGUGAAAUAGAAAUGAAUCCUGAAAACAAUGCGCACGUUCGUGACGUAUGCUAGAAUUAUAAAUUAUUGACAUUUAAAAUGAAUUAUGCAAGAGAGAAUAAAAUUCUAGAGAUGUCGAUGUGAAAGAAAA